AUGACGUCGAAGCUUGCUACUGGUCACCAUGCCUUAACGUACAAAUUUCAGCUACCUCAUCAUCUUACGAAGACGAUUCGCAUAAGGAAACGAAACUUAAAAUUAGGUGUUACAGUAGAAGCGACGAAUCAGGCAUGCAACGGAUGCCUCAUUACUCAUAUUUCAACCGUCGGAGCCCUUGGGAGGGACGGCCGAGUUCAGGUUGGCGAUUUCCUGCUGCGGAUAAACAAUGAGAACAUGCGAUACGUAUCCAAUGCUCAGGCGAAAGCGAUUCUGAAGCGAACAAAUUUGGUCAGCACGGAUUUCAAGUAA